AUGGCCAGCGUCAUGGAGGAAGUGCAGGGCGCGGUGCAGUACUUAGUGCAAGCGAAGGAGUGCCUCUCCGAGCAGAAGUUCUUGGAAGCCCGCCAAGCCCAAGUCGACCGUUUGGCCGUUCUUUGCUGCGGCUUGCCGUCCAACCAGCACUCCGGCAUGGCCAUGAAGACACUUCGCGAAGCGGGAGUUUUCUCACCUGAGCAGCUGGAGCGCUUGGCGGAAGCCCUGGGAAGCCAUGUUGGGAAGUCGUCGGCGUCCUUGCUGUGGCAGCAGGGCAAGUGUCAGGACUACGAGCACUUCUUCAGGGUGUUGCCGGUCGCUUUGUGGGAGCAAAUCCGCGUAGACCGCGAGGUUCAGGAGUGGGAGGUUUUCUCGCUGCUGGCGGACUUCCUGGGAAGAGCCGGGUGCAUCUCGCCGUCAGAGUUCACCUGCCGCAGCCUAACCGCCUUCAUGCUGCUCCGCUUCCGGAAGGAUGUGCUGUCGAUGAGCGCCCAGGAGAAGCACGACAUGUACGUGAAGUACAAGGAUGCUUUGAGGGCGAGGCUGCAAGGCCACUUCGACAGCAACCCCGGGCGGAAGUUCUGGCCCAUUGUGUGGAAGCUCACCACACCCAGCUGCCUGCCACAGGAGUGGCUGCAGUGCUCUGGGAUCAGCUGGGAAGGUGCGCCUGCCGCUGUGCAGGGGCCCAAGGAGUCGGAGAUCAAGUGCUUUGGCUUGACCAUCGCGUGUAGAGAUACACACAAAGAUCUCCAGCAAGCUGGCCGGAAGGCCGGCGCUUGCGGCUCCGGGGCAAGCGGUGGGGACCUCGCGGCGGUCGUGGGCUUGCUGGAAAGGCUGCUUCAGACUUCCCAGACACUGCAGCAGCCUGUGUCCAACCUGGGAGGGUUGCAGCGGCAGCUGACUCAAGCGCAAAGCCUCCCCGCCCUGACGCUGCCGCAAGUGCAGACACCCCAGCCGGAAAGCCUCCCCUUGCUCGCGCUGCCCCCGGCUGAAGCAGAGCAGACGGCCAGAGCGCCAGCCUCACCGCAGCUCGGCACGUUAAGCCUUCCUGAGUUGAAGCCCGCAGCAGCCGAGUCCACCCCAAGCUCGGGCUGUGCUGUUGUGGCAGAAACCUCGCCAAGCGACCUGAGCCUUCAGAGUGCCAAGACUUCUUCCAGCCCGGCUUCGACUAACGAGGGCAACCCUGCGCUGGCCUCCCUGGACGGUUUCACCAAGAAGUUCGAGCAGAAGAACGAGGUGCAGACCGACAAGGAAAAGACGGAGGCCAAACCAAAGGCCAAAGCACAGGCCAAGGCCGUUGCGAAGCCCAAGGCCGCUGCGAAGGCCAAGGCCGCAGCGAAGGCGAAAGCCCAAGCGAAGCCCAAAGCCGGAAAAACUGAGGCUGCUAAGGAGGGCUUGCGGAAGCAGCAGGGCAAGAAGAAGGAGGACCUGCUGGCCUUGCGGAAGCAGCUGCUCGCCAAGGCCGGGGUCGACCAAGGGCUCGUCCGCAAGUUCAGCGAUGGCUGCCCGAGGUGCCGGAAGCGGCCCCUCUGCACGCUGUCGUGCUGGCAAUUGAGAGGGUUCAACCCUUCCAAGAAGGCCUGGAAGAACCUCACUGCCGGACCUGCUGGAAAGCAGUGA